CUCGGCGGCUGCGGCGCGAUGGACAGUCCAGAGGUGACCUUCACGCUGGCCUAUCUGGUCUUCGCCGUGUGCUUCGUGUUCACGCCCAACGAGUUCCACUCGGCCGGGCUCACGGUGCAGAACCUGCUGUCGGGCUGGCUGGGCAGCGAGGACGCCGCCUUCGUGCCCUACCACCUGCGCCGCACGGCCGCCACGCUGCUGUGCCACGCGCUGCUGCCGCUUGGCUACUAUGUGGGCAUGUGCUUUGCGGCCUCAGAGAAGCAGCUCUACUCCCCCAGCCAGGCCCCGGAGGCCUGGCAGCUCUUCCUUCUGCUGGCUGUGACCUUCCCCUCUGUGGCCUGCACCCUGAUCUACUACUGGUCCCGGGACAGGUGGGCCCGCCAUCCACUGGCUCGCACUCUGGCACUCUACGCCCUCCCACAGUCAGGCUGGCGGGCCGUCGCCACCUCCAUCAACACCGAGUUCCGGCGGAUUGAUAAGUUUGCCACUGGGGCACCGGGUGCCCGUGUGAUUGUGACAGACACGUGGGUGAUGAAGGUGACCACAUACCGUGUGCAUGUGGCCCAGCAGCAGGACGUGCAUCUGACUGUGACUGAGUCGCGGCAGCAUGAACUCUCGCCAGACUCGAACCUGCCGGUGCAGCUCCUCACCAUCCGCGUUGCCAGUGCCAGCCCCGCCGUGCAGGCCUUUGACAUCCGGCUGAACUCCACUGAGUACGGGGAGCUCUGUGAGAAGCUCCGAGCACCCAUCCGCAGUGCAGCCAACGUGGUCAUCCACCAGAGCCUGGGUGACCUGUUCCUGGAGACGUUCGCCUCCCUGGUGGAGGUUAACCCGGCCUACUCGGUGCCCAGCAGCCAGGAGCUGGAGGCGUGCAUUGGCUGCAUGCAGACACGUGCCAGCGUGAAGCUGGUGAAGACCUGCCAGGAGGCGGCUGCAGGCGAGUGCGAGCAGUGCUACUGCCGCCCCAUGUGGUGUCUCACCUGCAUGGGCAAGUGGUUCGCCAGCCGCCAGGACCCCCAGCGCCCUGACACCUGGCUGGCUAGCCGUGUACCCUGCCCCACCUGCCGCGCCCGCUUCUGCAUCCUGGAUGUGUGCACCGUGCGCUGAGCACCGUGUGGGUGGGGUGAGGCCUUGGGGGCCAGGCCCUGUGCCCCCACCCGCUGCCAGGGGGAGUGGCUAGGCCUCCCAGGCCUCAGUAAAGGGCUCUAUUCAAGGCACAAUCUGCAGCAACUCUCCUUUGCCCUGAGUCUGCAGUAGGAUGAGGACUUUAAAGAAGUGCUCAUAGAAAUGCUACCCCCGGGCCAAGCCUGUGGCGCACUCGGGAGAGUGCAGCGCUGGGAGUGCAGCAGCGCUCCCACCGCGGGUUCGGAUCCUAUAUAGGGAUGACCAGUGUGCUCACAGCGCUCAGCGUGUGUGAGCAUGGUGCGGCUAGUCUCAAAAAAGACAAAAAAACCCCACAAAAAAACAAAGAAAUGCUCCAACCCCCAUAAUGGCCGUAGGAUGGGUCCUCAGCACCUUUUCUUUGGGAGGCCUCCAAGUAGGGGCACCUUCCUCCAGGUAGAGGCAGGUACUCCACACAGAGAACGUGGCAUUGGGUCCCUCCCUAGAGCAUUCCAAGGCCCUAGAACCGUCCUCUGGGAGACCCCAGGGUCUACCCCAGAUGGCCUUCACCUGGACCACUUGCCUUAAUUUUACAGAGCACACCUGCUCCUCAGAUCUAGAUUCAUCCAAGACUGGCCGUGGUCCGUUCUUUGGCCCCUGUCUUGGAGCUGGCCAUUGGCCCUGUGUUGUUGGGGUCCCCCUCCCCAGCCACAGAGGCUACUUGGAGGACCCUGGGCUGAGCUCGUGGGUGGAGGGGGAGAACAGGACACCACUCUGGUGUGACAGUAGCCCCAGGUGUGGUCACUGCAGCAGCAAGGGGCCACACCUGGGGAUGGCACCAGGAGGGUGGACCAGAGCUGCCCCUCCUCACUUCUGGGGGCCACUCACCCACUGAAGGGACACUCGCUCAGUCCUUGUUGCCUUCUGCUGCUCCCACAAGUCCAGGGAAGGCCAAGGACUCAGACUCCUGCUCCUGGGGGCGUUGAGCUGAGGACCACAGCACUACAGCAACAUCCAGAAAACAAGUCUACCAGGGGUGCAGCACAGGGCCAGCCACUGUCCCCAGGGUCUGCCUGGUUCAGAAGAGGAUGUCCCCACUGGUCAAGGCUCUGAUGGGUAUCUCCCCCAAUUCCUGACGGUGGAGGUGGGAGGGGAGGACGAUGGCCAGGCCCCAAGGUGCAGCUCUGACACAGGUGUGACCCCCAAAUCUGUAAACCUGGCUGUUGCAAGCAGCGGUGAUGGAUCCAGCCAGUCUGACUCACCCAAGGCUGUACCUAAGCCCAGGAAUUUGGAAGCAGAGAAAGCUCCGUGUGGUGGGGCCCCCUGGGGCACUCCGUGGAUGAAGGCAGAUUGACAGUGGCCAGGAGCCAGACCAUUCCAAGGUCCAGAAUUUCAAGGGCUGCCGAGGAGGCAUGGGUGGUUUGGGGUUAUUUUUACUAUGAAAGAAAGUUACUUAGUUUUAUAAAGACAAAUCUAUUGAGGCUAAACGAUAACAGUAUUUAAUAAAACGUAAGUCCGAAAUGA